GUGAGAUGAUGAGAACCAGUGGUAGGAGGAAGAGCAGGGGGCGGAGGAUGAGGGGGCGGGGGCCCUGCCAGGGCUUCCCUCGCUGUUGAAAUGGGGCUUGUUUCCUUUCCAUUACCUACUGGUGUCUCAUAGGGCUGAGGGUGAGGACCCUCCGUGCUCUGGGAGGUAGAGCUGGUCCCACACCCAGGGUCUAAGGAGGCUGGCCCCCAAGGAUCCCACCCUGCCACGGUGGCCAUGAGGCCCUUUUGGGGGAAUGCGGUUGUCUUCUGCAUUGGGCUGCUUCUCUGGGCACCACGACCGGCACCAGUGAAAACCGAGUAUAGCCUUGGUUUUCGGCCACUCCAGCUCUCGAGGGCAGAAGGAGAAAACGCCACUUUUGUCUGCAACGUCUCCCACAGAUUACAAGUUCCCAUCUUAAACUGGUACAGAGAAAAGAAUGGCAGUCAGCCAGAGAAGUUAGCUGCCUACCCCAAAGACACGCCCAGCUCCCACCUGCAGGACAGGUAUCACAUAGCCAUGCGGGACGAUAAGCAAACCUAUGAAAUGACUAUUUUGGGACUCCGAAUGAACGACAGUGGGAGAUACUUCUGUGGAAUUAUCAAUUUUGAAAUGCCACCAGUGGAAGAAAGUGACCGGUCAGAGCUCAGUGUGACAGAAAGAAUCGUGGUCUCAACAACGACUCCUCCCUUCACCACCCCAGUGCGUCCAGAAAAAUUCCCGUGGAUCAUUGUGGUGGUCUCUGUUGUCGUGGGGGCUGUGCUGCUGCUGCUGCUCUGUUGGAUUCUGUUUGUGGUAGAAUUCCGAGGUCGAGGAGGGGCGGGUAACUCUGAGAGCGACAAAGACUCUCUGUCCUUGAAGAAGGCUGAGACAUCUGUCGCGUCAGUAUCCACCGUGGUCUAUGGCCAGCUGGAUUUCCAGAGGACUGAGGUCCCCAAACAAGGAGGGGCCGACUCGUGUGAGCAGACAGAAUAUGCUACUAUUAUCUUCCCAGCAGAGAAACCUGCAUUCUACGGUAGCUCUCCCCACAGGAAGUAAGAUGCUGCAGCCUCCAGAGGACCAUUACAGACUUUCAGAGCCCCUGGAUGGGAUGUCUCUAGGACUUUUGGAGGACUUUCCUCCAAGCACUGGUGGGCUGUCCCUGAGGAGUGGGAACCCAAUUCCUUUCCUCCUCCCCAUCUGCUGCUCCACCUGGGAAGGGCCAGUUCUGACAGAGAAGCAGUGGGUCCUCAGCCCUGUCCAGGGGUCCCAGGAGAACAUGGAGGAUUAUGGGAUUGUUUGCUUUGCUGCCCGCCUGGCGUUUGCCCUGGGGGGCUGGAGUGAGGAUGGGAAGGUAGGGCUGCUGAGCACCAAGCACUGGUAGCCAAGAGGACCUGUGUCCCCUUGGACAGGACAGGAAGACCCCAAUGCUGGUGCUCCUAGUAAGCUAAGAAAGUACUCAUGGAAAUCCAUCCUUACCUAGGAGCUAGGCAAGGUGGGCGCAUUCCUCUCAUUCCAUGGAUGAGAAAACUGAGGCUCAGAGAGGCCCCCAGGAGGCCCAGCUAGUUGCUAGCAGAGCUGGGUUGGGCUCCCAAGCUGUCCCGUGCUGUUCCCUGCCCCCCUUCACCUCCCCCACCAUACUGCCUCUUCUGGGGGAAUGGAUCCUGGUUAGGGGCCGGGGGGGGGGGGGAGAUUCCUGGUCAUUCAUAGAAUGUACAGCUGGAAAGGGCCUUUGAGAUCCAGCCCCUCAUUUCAUAGAAGAGAAAACAGGCCAAGAGAAGUGAAGGGACUCACCCAAGAUCGCUGCACGGAUGGAGGGUGUCCACCUUGCCAAUGCAGACCAGCAUCUUCUCUGAAACUUAGUCUUAGGAGCUGCCAAUAAGAAGUUAAAUCAUUUGCCCAGGGUCACACAGUCAGUGGGUAUCAGAGGCAGCACUCGAACCCAGGCCUCAUCCAGGGCUCUUCCCAUGUGGUUGGAUGGGAAGGCUCAUUCAGGAGGAUAACAGAUGAAUGGGGCCAGAUCUAAUCCUCAGGAUUAGAGAAGGAUGACAGAGUUUCUCCUGGGAGAGUGGAGGGGCUGGGGGCAGAGCAAAGAAGGAGACGGAAGGAGCGCUCAGCACUACAGAGAUGCAAGGAGGUGCUGGCAAGCUAGACGUCCUCCCCCCCAAAUCGGCCUGAUGUGGGCUUUUUUAAUGAGAGUUAAGGCAAACUCUGUGGGCCUGGACUGCUAACUGUGAAAGUGAAAACCUUAGAGGUCCUGAAGGGGGUGGGGCGGCAGGGCCUGAGCAGGGCCUGGUCCUCACCUGCCUGGGGCUGCUCCAGCCUGCAGUUUGAGGGCAGGGGAAUGUGGGGGAGCUAGAAGAGGGGAUGGAGCCUCCUCCCCACCCCCACCCCAACCCAGAUCCUGUCCUACUCCACCAACUCAGCCCCCAGAUCGGCCUUUCUCCCAGCCCCCAGGACACUGAUCUGGCUCCACCAGCCUAGAGCCCUGCCAUUUGGGGUUUGAUUAGCUCCUCGAAGCCAAGGACCAACACACCAAUCUCCAGGAUGGCUCCUGGGUUGCGCCUGGUGGCUUCUGGAAUAGUUUCAGCCUGUUUAACAGCAAUGGAACUGAGGCUGGUCUGACCUUUUCCUUUGAAGAGGACUUCUCAUCUUUUCAAUCAGCAUGGACAUCCCAAAUCUGGGAGCCAUUUCUCCUUGAAUCUGGGUAAACUGCGAUUUGGCUUCUUAAAGUCAUUAUUAUUAUUAUUAUUAUUUAUUUUAGCAAGAGGUGUGGGCAAGCCCUGCACCCCUGGGCUCUUGCCAGGGGCUACCUAUAUCUCUGAUGGUGCUGUGGGCAGUCUGCUGGCAUUUCUAAAUCUUAUAUUUAAAAUGGUGAUGAGCUAUAAUUUUUUAGUUAUUUUGCAUAUUUGCACUCGAUCUUGGCCAAUGAAGACUAUGAGGAGUGGCUGAGAGGAAUCUGACUUGGAGCUGCUCCCAUGGACCUUUGGGAUUUGCAAGAGAGGGAAUUGGGUGGAGAACAGAAACCAUGCCAUGUGUUGACAUCCCCUAAUUUUUUCAGUAGGCCCAUUUGGGCUUUGGUGCCUCAUUUCUAUGAGUUUGUUUUCUAUUGUAAAUUUAAAAAGAAUCUAUCUUUGAA